AUGACUUCAGAAACAUAUUUGGAUUUGACAUUUGAGCGUAGUGCAAAGAGCGGCAAACGCCCAAUUAGACCGAAGUUGCUGAAAUUAACUGAUGUCACCAUGCCGCAUCGCAGCAGAAAAAAGACCAAAGUUAAGGCUAAAGACCGAUCAGUAUCCUCAGUGCGGGACCGUAUUUAUGAUGAUCCAGCCUACACAGAUGACAUAAGUCACCUAGCGAAUCCUCUGCGUCGUAACAGCUGCUCGGGAAAAUCCGAUGGGAAGGCGAAAAGCUUGCUUGGCAUCAAUACAGCUAGCAAUGUAGCAGCUGGUGGCAGCAGCUCGUUGGGAAAACGUAGUAAAUUGACAAAGGAAUUUCUUCAACAAGGUAAAUUGCGUGAUAGAGGAACUGCUUAUGAGCAUGACGUUUCGAGCAGCUCAGAUGAACCGCUACGCUCGGAGAGUCAAUCAAAGAGCGCAACAGGCAGUGUGGGACGUCAUGGGCGCAGUCUAGAACGUAGCGCAGCUUACACGGAGGGGAAGAGUGCGGUUAAAAAACAUGAGAAGCGUGAACGCAGUAACAAACAAAAAGGCAGUCCUUGCUUGGAUAGUACAUUAACGCAAGACGUGCAAGUGAAGGAAGAUCUAAGUGUAGAACCCGCAACAACCCGCUCCGCCGGUAACAGCAAUCGCCGUUCGAAAACGCAAUCAGCUGUAAUGACCAAACAGUAUAGCGACGGCAUGGCAGUGGAUUUGCAGUGUAUGGCAGAGCAGGCGCGCGAGGAGGUCGCUUCAGUGCAUAGUGGCGUAUCGACCACAAAGGCAGCUGCCAAAAGUACGCUAACGCCUACCACCUCCACCUCGGGUGGCAGCACAAAAAUGCAAAUUGGUCGUCGCUUUCUACGCGGUGAGAUUGGCAUUAAAAGUUUCAACUAUUAUCUACUAAAGGAGGGUAUUAAGAGCUCAAAACGAUUCGUGGAGAGACAACGCAACUCUUUCACAAGCGGUUUGGCUGGCAUGGCAGGCGUUAACAAGAAAUCGCACUCACGCAGCGAGGAGAAUAUAUACGAAGAGAUUUUCUUCAAAGAUGCGCCACCGUCCGAUGAAGAGCAGCAUCAGCAGCAGGAAAGCAGCUUACCGCCCCAAGCAUCAACACAAAUGCAACAAAAACAACAACAACAACAUCAUGCGCAACAUGCACAACAACACACAGCUCAGUCACAAUCGGUCAGAAGUGCGGGCACGCCCAUAUCACAGUGUAGUGGCAGAGAGGAGGGUAUUUACGCUGAUUGCGAGCUUUGCCUGCAACAGUGCACUAAAGAAGAUUGUGAAUACUGUUAUGCGCAGCAGGCAACGGCAGCAGCAGAUAGUCAGAGGUCGGUCAAAGCGCAGCGUGAAUUGGUAAAACCAUAUGCCGUUGUUCCACUGCAGCAGCAGCAACAACAACCACUCAACAAAUUGCAACAUCAAUUCGAUAGUUCCGGGGGUCCAUUAAUCACGCAGGCACUGAAUAGCAACAUACAUGUCAGUGACAACUUCAAUGAGGCAGCAUUGGGGGGAAGCAGCAAAACUUCUGGAAAUGGCUCUGUCGGCGGACAACUGCCUGCCUCGCAUAUUCUUGAAUUCCAAUCAUACAAUCCGAAUAAUCCGGGCGUAUUCAAAAUAGAGACCACACCUGUGGCAAUCACCGGCGAUUACAAUCCGAUUUUGCAAUUUCAACAGUCUUCGCCUUCGUCUGGCACGGCAACAACAACAACGCCAAGUGUAGAGCUACAACCACAGCAGCAGCUGGAUCUUGCGCAUCAUGCAACUCCUUUGGUGCAACACCAGCAAUUGCCACAGAAACACUCACAAUUAGUGCAACAUUACAAUUAUCAGCCCACACAACAUCAGCAGCAACAAUUUAAGCACGCGGGACAUAGUUAUUUACUGCACGGCGGUGCCACCCUACCGCAUCACCACUAUCAUCAAUCCCCUGGUUUCCCGUCUAACAGCGCCGGCAUACUUAUAACACAGCAACGCGUGCGCGGCAACCAUCGUGGUGGCAAUCAACAACAACAGUCUCAUUAUAUGCUCACUUACAAUACGCCGCCAAUGGCUACAGCUCCGCCAACGGCAGGCGGAGGAAAUCAGCGCUUGAACACAAAAUCCUCUUCAUCCAGCGAUUCGUUGCAACAUCAGCACAUGCAUAAAUACAACACUAUGUCGCGCCUGGAGGCACAACAAAUGCUAAUGGGGGACCCCUUUUAUGGCGGCUCCAAUAUGGGACCCUCAAAUUCGCUCUUGUUCGCUACAAGCCGUCCUAUUGGCGGUUCGCAGAUCCUCGUCGAUCCAUACGAAUUACCACAAAUGUACAAGAGCGAUUCCCGCGCUUCUAUAUUAAGCGAAUACUCAUUGCGCAGCAGCGACAAUUCGCAUCGGUACAAUCGUUUUCGCUACGCUGGCAGCGGUGGUAGUUUCAGUGGUGUGGCUGGUGGCGGCGGACAGGUGAGUGACUCUAGUCUGGGUGACUCGCUUUUCUCGUGCACUUCCGCGCAGCGACGUUACUUUGGCAGCUCAGAAAGCUGUCGCUUCGGUUUCGAAUGUCGACGCUGCAGUCUUGAUGGCGGCGAAAAGUGUAGCUAUUCGGAUACUUGUCGCUAUGAGUGCCGUAAUUGUGAUUGCUCGUCUAGCUACUUUUCCUCGGAUUUUGAUGACAUGUACGGCAGUGUGCCUGGUGCAUGUGGUUCUGCAGCAGCGCUGGCUGCUCAGCGAAACAACGGUAUCCCACGCAAAACGGCAGCAGGCACCCUGCCGGCGAGUGCCGGUACUAAUGAGCUUGAGCGUCAACAGGACCAACUCGAGUUGAAGCAAAACAAGUAUGCGCAAGAUUUCUUCAAGCAUGUUAACGAUGUAAAGCGUAGCAUAUAUCAGUCGGAGAUGAAACGCAACGUGAGUGGUACGGGUGAGUGUGAUGUGAGUGACGCUAGGGGUAAAUACGUAAAAGAUGAACACGGUAAUGUUAUAGCGCAGGCAACGGAGGUGAGUCCGAGGCGUCGUGCGGCCAAGGAGGGGCCACAAAUCACAACCUUACCGCUUACUAAGGAACGGUCGCACGGACAACGCGCCAUCAAUGCAUCGCAUACAGACAUCUCGGUCACGCCUACUCCGGCGCCCAGAACAAGCUUACAGCACGCACAGUCAACAAUGCCCCCACAACCUAUAAAACGUGCGCGUCAUGCUCACGGGCAAGCAUCUUACAAACACCACCAUGAAUAUCCCUCAUUGGAUCGUUUAGUGGCAAGCGCCACCGGCGCUAUACCCAAAACGGCAACUACUUUUCUACCCAGUGCCGUCGGUAAGAUAAAAACUAAUGCACCCAACUCAAGGCCACAUCCUAAUCUAGAAUCUAACUGUGACAAAAACAGCAACAGUGUAUAUCGUACGGACCGCCAAAGUCCAUGUCACAGUCCAAAAGGUUUGAAAAUUACCGACUGCCCACUCGGGUUGCCAACUGCGCUGCCACACGUUGCUAACAUGGAUGCGAUUAAGGUCAGCUGUCGUGAGACACUUGUCGCCACUGAAGCAGUUGCUAAUAACAACAAUAAUAAUCUUGUAUUGGAGUCCGCCGAUGCGAAACAAAAUGAUGCCACUAAGAUUGUUGGGGGCGCUAAGAUAGUAAGUGGAGGCGCGGUUUCUGGCUCAACAAAGCAUGAAGAGCGAUAUUUAAGUGUUGAACAGACCGGAAACGCACCUGCAGCGCAGUCUGGCAAACGCCACCAUCGCAGCACAUCUGUCUCGAAGCAAGCUGCAUUGUCAGCUUCGCGCCGUAGCAAGGACAUACCAGCACCACCACCGCCAUCGCCAGUCACGCACUCCGACAUGCAAGAGCUAAGUGCAAACUUAAAGAACGCCCAGCAACAGCAGAGCGAUGAAAAUGAAGGUGAAGCCAAAAAAUCAUCAGUCGAAAGGCGUAGGGAAAAACUGCCAAAAGAAGGUGGCGAACGGCAAGAAAAAUUCGAAGAAGGUCACCUUAAAGGGGAAAAAGAAGCGGCAUUGAAGCGUAAAAAGGAAAAGCAGGCGGCAGAGCUGAAUUUGACACAAGACAGUAGUUGGGGUAGCAAAAAUACCACAAUGAAGUCGCCAAAGUCGAAAGUUAAUGCAUCUGCGAUGGAGAAAAUAAACACAGCAUUAGCGACAACAAUAACGCAAUACGCUGGCACUUCUGGCGGUAAAGAAUUAUGUGAGACACCGACAAAGCCUCUGGCCGUCGCAAAGUCAUGUGUGGCUGCUGCCGUAGUAGUUGCAGGUGCUAAUUACAUGCCAGAUUCCAGCACAGCUAUGCAGCAACAACUACAGCAACAACAACAAAAUGAAAUGCCUCCUGAACGCGCACAUGCCAAGCCAAACAAUGAAAAUAGCGGCAGUAAAAAUUCUUCGGAAGCAGUCAAGCAACUAGAAGUGUGCACCAGCGCACACGCCACCGACGACGACGAUGUCUUCUACGAUGCACGCAGUGAGGACUCGGGUGGCACAGCACCCAGCGCAGCGUCAAGCUGUCUACAAAGCCAACAAAUAGCAGCGACAGGCAAAAACAGAAGUGAGCAGCGUUCGCAAUGUUUGCAACUUCGAGGCAAGACUGCAUCGAGCCCUGAAUUCAGCCGAGAGCAGCGGAAACCCCAACAAAGUCACCAACAACAAUAUGAACAACAGCUUAUCGUCAGCAGCAGCGACAUGCAACUGAACACAGACAGCUCUGCCCCAGUGCAGGCGGUCACUGUGAACGUCGAGGACAAUGCGACCGCAAUACAAACGAAAUCCAAGGACACGCUAGCGGCUACCAGUGAGAGCGUAAAAACUGAACGAACGAAAAGCGUAACGACCAAAAGCGACGAAGUAACUGUAGCUGCGAAAAGUGCACAAGCUAAAGAUGUCACAAAUGUUGCUACAAAUGGAGCAACAGGGUCCUCGAUGAUGGCAUUGAACCUGGUCGAGGCAACUGCGGCAACAGUGGCUACUGCUGCUCAAGAAAAAGAGCAGCAUAAAGAUGUGGGCGGCGAUGGCGGUGCCAACAACAGUCACACGCGCAGAGAGAAGAAGCGUCGCGGCACCAGCAGUAGCAACCGAGAUUCGUCAAGCAGGCAGCAUAAAGUUGCUGCAAAGUCGACAACGACUAUAAGUUGUGAUACAUGUUGCCAAGUCGAAUGCGAACAAUACCAUCAGCAGCAGCAGCAGAAGCAUCACCGCCAUGAAUCGCGUGCUGAGUCAAAAAUCAAAACAAGUAAGGAAAGAGCGAACAAAAUAAAAGGCGAAAAAAGCAGAGAUAUCGUAGAAGCAGCAACCGCACCAGAGAGUUGUGUUGAGCAAUCAACAAUUACAACAACAAUACUAACAACAAAAGCAAUAGACUUUACGAAAUUGGACGAUUCGUUGACAUGCGCAGCAGCUAUGUUGUCAAAUUCGAGAGCAACAGCCGCCCACCAACGUAAUGAACUGCAAACUAAAGCCACAACAACGAGCACAACUACUGUUCACACCACGGUCUCUCAGACAAAACUGGUGACCACAACGACGAUUAUAAAUCAAAUUGGCGCGCAAACUGACAACAUAUCGAAGAGCAACGAAAAUACCAUGACUGGCAAAGGCAUGAGCCCGCAACAUGCUCCUGAAGCUGUUGCCUGCAGCGCUGCUGCAGCUGAGCAGACUGCUAAAUCUGGUUUGCCGAGCGAACGAAAUGAAACAACAGCUACGACAGUCGGAAGAGGAAUAGUAGCUGGUGAACUGUCAACAACAAAUACAACAACGCCGACAGAAGCAACAAUCAUUAUAACACCAGCUGAGCCAACACCGACAACAAUAACAGUAACAACAAUCACAACAAAGUUAACAACAGUCAACGACACAGCAGCAGUGGAAUGUACUACAGUGCCUGCUAAACUGUUAACAGAAACGGCACCGUCAACGUCCACAUCGACGCCAACAGCAGCGUCCGAUGCAACAGCCAUAGCAACUACUUCGCCAACAACCAGUGCGGCCAACUCUAUAGCCAGUUGUAUUUCGGAUAUCGCAGGUGUCACUACGCAUUCGUACAGAUAUUUGCGAUAA